AGCAACAGUUGCCCCGGUGAAGGCUCGGCGCCAUAGCCACGGUAGUCCUGGUGACAAGAGCCCAGCAACCGGAGUAUACAACAACAACCACCGAGAUAUAUGGAAAUACUUUAACGACUAUUAGGGACAAUAUCUGGAACAGAAAGAACUAGUGCUUCAAAAGCAUUGGUUGCCAUGGCAACUUGUGGGUACUCCGAGGACCUUCAGCCUCAGCAGGCUGACGCAGUAACCAUAGCAACGCCUACUGCCACCACACCCUCAUCUGCAAAGACUGCACACUUCCUGUCCGAGAUCCCUGCAGCCUCUGGAACGGUUUCAUCAGUUAACCCGUCAGCCGCCGCCUCCAAAACAGGACAGGAUGCACUUUGUUCUCAAGCGCCGCCCACCCAGGCCCAAAGCCACAAGGCAGUGGUCCUGACUACCCCCGCGCAGCAAUUUGUGAGCCCUGAGAUUCAACACUCCUCCGUCCAGAAGAGUAAUGGACCGAGCAACUCGCCUCAGUACAUCAUAGUAACUGUCACAGAGGGCUCUGUUCACUCCAAUGACAGUCUGUCAGAUUCCAGCCCACCUGCCCCUGGUGUCCCCACACAAGUGGUCCAGCCUGUGCAGACCAGCUCGCAGAGGUCAGUGUUGCAGGCGGUGUCGCAGGCAGCCAAGAGGAUUCAGACAGGCCACAUCAGCAACCUCCAGCCUGUGCAUUUAAACCAGGAGGUGGCGCAGGUGUAUUCUGGCCAGGUGCAGUAUGUGGACGGAGCAGGGGACUCAACAUUCACCACACCCACUAUUCGAUCAGGCAGCUAUCCCUUCUCCGACUCGGCGCUCUAUUCCCAGACCACUCCCACGUCUUCCUCCAGCUUCUACGAGGCCACGCCCAGCUCUGAGUCAGACAUCGGCGGAUCUGUGACCUCACAGGCGGUUUCUGUGGCAACAGCAGGAGUCAAUAGCGGGGCUGCUGCAGUUACGGGAGGAGGGGGGUACGUUAUUCAGGGAGGAUACGUGUUGGGAGGAGGAGCAGCAGCAGGUGUAGGAGGGCAGAGUUACUCCAGCCCCAACUCUCGCGCCCCACCUGCAACUGUGCAAUGGUUGUUGGACAAUUACGAGGGGGCGGAGGGGGUGAGUUUACCUCGCUGCACCCUCUACUACCACUACCUGCUGCACUGUCAAGAGCAGAAACUAGAGCCAGUAAAUGCUGCAUCUUUUGGCAAACUCAUCAGGUCUGUCUUCAUGGGUUUACGCACACGGAGAUUAGGAACCAGAGGAAAUUCAAAGUACCACUACUAUGGUCUGAGGAUCAAGUCUGGGUCUCCUCUCCUCCGACUGAUGGAUGAACAACACCACAUGGCCAUGAGGCAACAACCUUUCUCACAGAAAAACAGGAUAAAGGCAGUUCAGAAGACACAGGGCAUUGCCAAUGGGACAUCAGGCAGUGCAGCUCAACAGCAGACGGCACUCUGUGAUAUUUCGGCCCAGGUGCACCAGUAUCAGCAGUUCCUAGAGGCAACAAAACCACUGCCAGACUUUGUGGAAAUUGAUCUGCAAAAUCAAAGCCUGCCCGAUGGGAUCCUCUUAGAACACCUCAAGGCCUUUCAGAGUCUCUACAGAGAACACUGUGAGGCUGUCCUGGAUGUCAUGAUCAACCUGCAGUUCACUCUUGUGGAGACAUUGUGGAAAUCCUUCUGGCGGUUCAGCCAGAGCAAUGAUACAGAAUCACUCAACCUACACAAUGAGUCUGAGAAACGUUUGCCCAAAUCCUGCCUGGUGGUGCUGUGCAAGUUUGAACCAGUGCUACGCUGGACAAAAGAGUGUGACAACCUGCUGUACCAGUCCCUGGUGGAGAUCCUCAUCCCUGAUGUGCUGAGACCCAUCCCCAGUGCCUUAACUCAGGCCAUCCGUAACUUUGCCAAGAGUCUGGAGAAUUGGCUGACAGGUGCCAUGAUGAACAUCCCAGAGGAGAUGGUUCGCAUCAAGGUGGUGUGUGUAAGCUCCUUCUCUCAGACGCUUCGUCGCUACACCAGCCUGAACCAUCUGGCCCAAGCUGCCCGUGCCGUACUCCAGAACUCGGCUCAGAUCAACCAGAUGCUCUCUGAUCUCAACCGAGUCGAUUUCACCAACGUACAGGAGCAGGCAUCCUGGGUGUGUCAGUGUGAAGACCGCGUGGUCCAGCGGCUGGAGCAGGACUUUAAAGCCACGCUCCAGCAGCACAACUCUCUGGAACAGUGGGCCACCUGGCUGGAUGGCGUCGUCUCCCAGGUGCUAAAACCCUAUGAGCACAACCGUGUCGCCCUGCCCAAGGCUGCCAAAGUUUUUCUACUCAACUGGUCCUUCUAUAGCUCCAUGGUCAUCCGGGAUCUGACUCUGCGCAGCGCUGCUAGUUUCGGCUCCUUCCACCUGAUCCGCUUGCUGUACGACGAGUACAUGUACUACCUGAUCGAACACAGGGUGGCCAAGGCUAAAGGAGAGACGCCCAUAGCCGUCAUGGGAGAAUUUGCCAGCAGCAUUAAGAACAGAAACUCUUCAGACUUGGAAAAAGAAGAAGAGGAGGAGGAGGAGGAAGAGGAGAGCGAGGAGGAAAACGGAGAGAUAGUGCUACAGUCCAGCUCUCUGAGCAGAGUCAGCGAGGAGAAGGAGCUGAUGGAGCCGCCUGCCAAACAGCCCAGGAUAAAUCUGAACGUGCACACUCCACCUGAGACACACAGCGCACCGCAUUAGCAGCUCGUCUGGGUCCUGAACGUAACUCUAUACGCCUUUUCUUUAACAUGAUAUUAUCCAUCCCCAACCCUUUCUAUCACUCUUUAGGCUUCUGGUUUGAAUUGUGUGUGCGCUUGCCUGUUGUGUGUGUAAAACAUGUAAGAAAGUGGAAGAGCCCAUUGAUAUUUUUUUUACUGUGUAUGUUUGUGCUGGAUUAUUUUUCCUUUCUCUUUGCCUUCACUUGAUCACUUACAGCCCUUCCUUCAUUUCCUGUGCCUUCCCAGCCUGACCUAUAAUUAAAGUGUAUUAUAUUCAAUUAAGAAAAAUCACGAUACUGUCAUUGUAUCAUCACUGGUUCCUUUCCCUGCCUUAAUCACUGACCUGACUGCUGUUGAGAGAAACCUCCCAGUGUUCUUCGUCGUCCUUUUAAACACAAAAACAUCUCUUGGAUUGCCAUUAACGCAAUGACUUUGUAGACAGAACAGGAGCUAAAGGAAUUGCACUGUUGAAAAUACUCAUGUGAGAGUAGCGUCUGGAAUCAUACUGCAACAGGAAUUUAGUUGGCACAUGGUUGUGGAUUCACUGUCCCUCGUGGAUGCCAUAUUUUACUCUUGAUGUAAACUCAUGAAUUUGGUCAUCUGACUGACACUCUGUGCCUUUGAGAGAUUUUACCCUGAAAACGGUUUUAUUCUAUACUUAUAUACAUAUAUAUAUCUAUAUUCUGUAUUGGUAGAUUAAUAAAUUAAGGUCCUGUGAUCAUGUGAUCCUGGUGUCAUGAAAGUAGGUGUAAAAAAAGAAAGAAAAGUUACAUGAAAACAGAAUUCUUGCCUCAUUGUGAGGAUUUUACCCCGUUUGUUGUUUUCAUCUUUACUUUCAUUGUGCACCUGUUACCUAUUUUUUUUAAAGUUCAUGAAUGCUUUUUUAUAGUUAAUUGAAAGACAGUCUCUUCACAAACACAUUUUCCAAAAUGCGCAGGAACUUACCUGGGCUAUAGCACAAGGCCAAAGCUUAUCCCUCCUUAUCAGGUGCAUUAACUUUACCGUAUCCAUAGCAACCUUCGGCUCAACUCAAUGUAUUAAACUAUUUUGAAUUUUUUUAGGGAUAAAAGUAUAUGUUUAUAUUCUAGUUAUAUAUAUAUACUGUGGAUAAUCUAUAUUAUGUAUCUGUUGUGAUAACUUCAGAUCAGAAAAAGACAGAACAGCUUGGAAAAUGGAAAAAGAAAGCAACAAGUAAAGUUUUUAAAAUUUUGCUUCAUUGCAGACAAUGUCAAGUCAAAAUAUUUUAUGUUUUUAUUUUUCCUCCAUUUUUCAUUGAUACUUUUUCCUGUUUGGGGCUGUACAUCCAAAUGUGUUGUUUAACCAUUGUUGCCUUUCCUGUGUUGGUGUAGGAGUCUACCAUCAGCAGACUCCCUCCAAAGAGCACGUGUGACACCAGCACAUCCCACAUGGUGUCAGCAGAGCUGGCUACGAUUUGAAUUUUGGGAAUGACUGAAAAAAAUAUAUAUAUUGUAAUAGUAGUUGAUGUUUUGCAGAACCUUGUGACAACCACAAUCUCACCAAAGAGUAUUAGACAUGGGGGGGAAAACAAAGUUAUAUUUACGUUUAAACACAGGAUAGGACACAUGUCAAUGUCAUAAAAACUGCUACUGAUUUUGUACCUGAAUUGUAAGGUGGAUUAUUUUUUUUCUUUCUAAAUUUUGCCUUCUUGAUGUCAUGCCGAAGACCUUUGUGAUAAAUGUUUGUAGCUUUAUUCUUGCUUUCAACUAAAGAGAUGUGAUUUUUAAA